AUGGCUCAAGGUGCGCAACCAGCUCCUGGCUUCGACUGUCUCUUCACUCCGGAUCGCUUCCAUGCCACCUCCAGCAAUCCACUUCCCGCCGGGAACUGGCUUGCCCCUGGGAUACCCGGCAGUGGCUUUCCCUUCCCAACGCCGCCCGGGGUCAUUCUACCACACACUAUGGCUUUACAGCCUAUUCGUCAGGGUAGAUUGUCGACUAAGCCAUCAACAACGAAAACAGCGGCUGCGGUGGAGAACUUGCUGCCCGCAGGUCAGCAUUGUAAGGCAGUGUUCCGAUCCCAUAGCUUGUGGGAGAACUUGAAGCAGUACUGUCCCGGGGAACGUGGCGUCCUGCCUCCACCGCCUCCGAUUCCAUACCCUCUCAAUCAUCCGAACCUUCCGGCAUAUGUAGUUCAAAACAAUGGAUUUCACCAGGGCACAGAAGCAUCGCAGUUAGCAGCUCAGGCACACAACCAUGCUAAUACUUUGGGAGUGCCUCGCUUGACAACCACGACGUUUAUUCCCAACCAGCCACAAUUCACCUAUCCUCUGCCGUUCAGCGAACAACAAUAUCAUGCCGUAGUUGAACUAUGGGGUUGCUUCAUUUCCCUUGCAAACAGGCGUCCCCCUGUUAUUGAAAGUGAGCCAGGCAUGCAGGACGAGGUUGUGGUUCAGAUUUUGGAAAUUUUAGACCGCGUUAUGCAGACUCGGUACCAGAACAAGGUAGACCGGGCCCCCCCGGUCCACCAACCUUUCGACCAUGCGCGGCGCUCCUUCUACCCGCAAUGGGGCCGAGCUUGUGCUGCUGCCCAUCGUGAUGGAGGACCUGAUGCGGAUGCAGAUUCAAAAAAAGCAGGAUAUCCCGACUUCCUUUUUUAUCGAACAGCGAGACGGUAUGAUACUCCCGCGGUCGCCGAAAUAAAGAACAUAUGGUCCUAUCCCAACAGCUUUGUGGACGAACUAUACAGUGCGCGUCGAGUGGAUCGCAUAACGGGCUGGAUCGACUUCAGAAGGAAUUCUAGUUCCGAUAAACUUAUUAAACAAGUAUGGGGCCAGCUGGUAUUUUUCUCGGCGAGUUGGGGUUUCUGGACCAACGGCGACUACAUCUUCAUCUUUGUCAAGACGGCUCACAACCAUCUCACGUUGUCCGAUAAGAAGCACUUGACGGACAGUGAUGUCAUCCGGGCCUUGGCUGGCAUGACGUUUGCUGCGAUGGACAUGGACCGUCGUCCUUGGGUGAUCGACUGGUUAUGCCCGUACAAUGAUCGCCAGGCCGAUUGGUGA